AUGACCCUUGCAAAUAUUAAUUCUAGCUAAAACCUACCUUCUCAACCAAUCAAAUAUGCUCCUUUGAUUUUCCUCGUGCAGAGUUAUCUUAAGUACAAUGGGAAUCGUCAGAUUUGUAAAUUUCCAUACUUUAAAAUGUUAUAAUACAUAACCGACCCACUCAGAUUUUAACUCGGGGUACUGAUUAUCUUGUCGGGUGAUAGACUUUUCCUUUAACUUGAUUUGCAAACUUUCUAUUUCAAUUGUCAAUUUAUGAAGAAUCAAUCUGCUUUUUUUGAAUUGCCUAAUCAAAAAUAUUGCAAAUCAAGAUCAGGUAUUGGAUUUUUCGAUGCUUAUUAGGUAAUUAGUUACUUCUCAAGCAAUGAAUUAGUGUCUAUUACUAAUUCAACUUAAUCUUCUAUAAUUUCAGAGGAGUAUAGGUCUAAAUUCAAUGAUUCUAAUUCAACUUACUAACAUUAGUGA